CUUCUAUCAUCUCGAGGCAGGUUGCCGCCAUCAAAGAGAGGACUCACUUCCUGAAAGAAAAUGGCGUGGCCCAAUCCAUUCCGGCGAAGGGACGAGAAUACUCGGACGUGCUGGGGCUACACAUUUCAGUUGACCUCGGAACAUCUUACAGCCGAGCAAGCCCAUCCUAUGAAACACACCUACGAUGUGUUGGGUGAAGAAUGCUACCAGAUUUUGAAUCAGCUGGAUCCGCCGGCAAACAGAGCAGACGAUGUCGUACCAACGGCACGAGCAGAUGCAGAAAAAGCAGGCAAAGACGGCGACUCAAAGUCAAACCAGUCCAAACCCACCAAGAGGGACCUAUACUUACUUCUAAGAGACAACAAGGACAAGCACGCAAAGCUCCAGCAACUAUGGAACGAAGCAACGACUGUCCCGGAUUGGGUCGACUGGGAACAAAUCGCCCGUGGUCAGGACGUCUUUUAUCGCUACGGAGGUGCCACCUUGACCGGUCUGGCCUUUCAGUCACUCCUGGGAGGCAUGGGUGCCAACCGGGUCGUCGAAGUCCUUGCCAGAACAGGUGGAUUCUCGGUCAAAGUCGCCCGCCACCGGCUCUUCGAAACGACCCAACACAUUCUCGAAUGCACGAGGUCGGUCGAUUCGAUCCAGCCGGGAGGCAUUGGCUUCGCGUCGAGUCUUCGAGUUCGACUGUUGCAUGCGGCAGUCAGACACCGAAUCAUGAAGCUCGCCGAGACAAGGCCCGACUACUACAGUGUUGAAAAGUACGGCAUCCCCAUCAACGACCUGGACUGCAUCGCCACGAUCGGGACCUUCUCGGGCACCAUCAUCUGGCUGUCCUUGCCCCGGCAGGGGAUAUGGCUCCGCGAGCAAGAAGUGGUCGACUACAUCGCCCUCUGGCGGUUGAUCGCACACUACAUGGGCACCCCGACCGAAUGGUUCGAGACGCCCGCGAGAGCCAAGGCGAUGAUGGAGUCGCUGCUGAUGAACGAGAUCAACCCGACCGACACUUCCAAGAUCCUGGCCGCGAAUGUCAUUCGCUGUCUGGAAAAUCAACCCCCUACAUACGCGUCGCGCUCGUUCCUCGAAGUCAACGCCCGCUGGCUCAACGGGAGUGACCUGUGCGACGCUCUGGGCAUCGGUCGUCCGUCGGCGUGGUACUGGGCGCUCAUGGCGGGACAGUGUCUGUUUUUCAUGUCCGUGUGCUAUCUGUACAGGUCCAUACCGGCGCUGGAUCGACGGAAGGUCAAGGCAUUGCGCAACGUGUUCUGGACCAUCAUCGUCGAGGGCAAGUUCGGGUUGGGCCGGGAAACCGUGUUCGACUUCAAAUACAUUCCCGACUACAAUGUCCUCACGGCGAGAGGUGGCGAUGACGAAGUCAAAGCCAGAGAGACAAGCGUCGAGCGAAAGUAUCGCAACACACUCCUGAUUGCGGUUGGUUGCAUCACUAUUGCUGGGUAUGCUGGUCUGAAAAUCACAUCCAUGCUUCUUGCACGCAUAUUUUGACAUGACGCUCAAUACAUGCUAGAAUAACGAUGUUGAUGAUAAUAAUGUCCGCAGAGGCAAGACGAAUUUCUUUAGGGCGCUUCAAAGUUAGCACCUCUCGUGUACGAUCAUUUGCGAAAUCCCACCCAUCCAUACUGUACGCUUUUUAUGACCCCGCCUCCAUUUUGUCGGUUCAUACGAAGUACGGCCUGGCAUACAAGGGGGCAACAUGA